UGGAGGCGGCGGCCAUUUUGGCUCUGCUGUGGAAGAGACGGGAGAGCGCGGCGAAGAGGGCGCCGGAGCAGGAGCGCCGGCCUCGCCUGGCCCCAGCGCCUCACCGUCUCGCCCUCCUGCCUCUAAGCCCAAGGCCCCGUCAUGUCUGACACGCUUGGCGGCGGCGGCGACGCCCGUUCUAACGAGACGGGCGAAGAGAAACAGGAUUCGCAGGAGAAGGAAGCGGUCAUCCCCGAGAGAGCGGAGGAGGCAAAACUCAAAGCCAAAUACCCCAGUUUAGGACUCCAGAAACCCGGCGGCUCCGACUUCCUAAUGAAAAGACUCCAGAAGGGGCAAAAGUACUUCGACUCCGGGGAUUACAACAUGGCAAAGGCCAAGAUCAAGAACAAGCAGCUGCCAACCGCAGGGACCGACAAGAACUUGGUGACGGGAGACCACAUCCCGACGCCGCAAGAUCUCCCGCAGAGGAAAUCCUCCCUCGUGACCAGCAAGCUGGCAGGGUAACCUGCGCUCCUCCGCCUCCCGAUGAGUUUUCUUCUUCUUUUUUUCCUUUUGGGGUUUUUUUGAUUUAUUUUUAUUAUGUAUAUUUUUUUGGUCAGAUGGAUUGAACUUUGCUGUAUCAUAAGGCUGGGAUAAUGCAGGACUCGUUUUAGCCGUCGGAAAUAUUUAUACAAAUCCCAAACCAGGAGCCUGGCACGUGGACGUGGUUUAUUCUUUGCAGUUCUGAUCUGAUGUCCUUUCCCGCCCCCGCCCUCCGUUCUCUUGAGGUUCUUAAAUUUUGCUCACCCGCCAGGAUGAGUUAAGAACCUCACUUUCAAGUGGGGUGGGGGGUGUCCUGCCGGGCCAAAGCCAGAUUUUUCUAUGCUGCUGUUGCUUGUUCCUGCGACGCUGCGGAAGGCCAGUGGAAUAGCACCAGCCCCACCUGUGAGUUCCCCCCCCCCCCCCGCUGUGAACUCUGAAAGCGAGAUCCGGAACUGCCAGUGGCGUCGGAGAAAGCCUAAGAGCAGGAUCAUAAUUAAGAAUAACACUAAACAUUUUUAUAUAACAUGUCUGGGUUCACACAGCCAUUGUGGCAACAGCACUAUGAAGGUAGUCCAGGAUGCUUGGCCCCACACGGCAGGUGGUGAGCCAGGGCCUUGCGGCCUAGAGAGACAGGCUUGCUUUCGGUCACUUUGGGAGCUCUUUACAGGGGUGAGAUUAGAACUGGGAGCUGCUUGAGACAGGGCCCAGGUUCUCGAACCUCAUCGCUAUGCCAGCUCUCGUAAGAAGAGCCCUGCUGAUUUUUAGAUCAAGGAUUCAGCUAGUUCCGCAUGUUGUUUCUCUCUGGGGUCUAAAGCCCAACACCUGGCACGUACGAGGGUGCCAUUCAGCAUCCCUCCUAGCAGGGGCUGAUGGGAAUUGUAGUCCAAGACAUCUAGAGAGGGCUCUAGGUUGGGGAAGGGCUGGUUCAAACAGGAUUUUUUGUUUCAUUUCAACAUUUUCUAAGCUAAGAUGGCAAAAGCUUGAUGGGCAUUGGUCCGUGACCUUGUGGGUGAGCUAGGCUGCUCGGAGUCUCCACGCAGAGGGUUUUGGUGAACGCUGUGUCUCUUUGGCAAACUGAGGAGGGGCAGGAGUCACGGAGUGCCACCUCCCACCCCGAAGGCCGCCUGAGCCGACUUUUGGCCCAAUGUGGCUCUUAAGGGGUAGACGGUCCGUUAUCAACUUGCAGAGGAUCCGGGGUGCUGUGUUCGUUUCAAAGCAAGAGUUUUGAAAAGCGUUUUUGCCAGACCAACUUUAGGCAGGUGUAAAGAAUGUGGAGAGUUUUAAGUUUCACAAGGCUCUUCAGCAAACAGGCAGGCCGCCACUGCCGCACCGGUCGGCAUCUAGCUUUUCCUCGAGGGCCCUUUGACACAGAGUGACCGCGGGUGGCUCAAAGUCCCAGCACCCCACUCCCCAAAUGGUUGUGCUUCCCUCGUGGAUUUUUUAAAAACCACAACAUGAAAUUCUGUGCCAAUGGAAGCAGAAGGUCGGUUAUCUGGAUCAGUCGAGGAAAUUGCAGGGGCCGCAGAGAUGUUUGCUGCUUCUCAGUCCUGAUUAUGGGGAAGGAGAGAUCUCAGCCGAUCCGGCAGCACUCGGCUUCUGACAUUGCAGCAAAAUAUAUUGCCAUGUCCUUUUGAGGCUUGAGGACUAGGACCUUGGCUUAGUUUGUAAACGGGUGCUGAAAUCCUUGACCUACAGAGUUUCCCUCUCCAUCGCUGCCCUCUACCAAACUGCAAGGUAUUCUGUUCACAGGGUCUGAUGCUGCCUUGUUUGGAAGUGACCUUGAUUCCAAUGUUGUUCUUGACAACUUUUAACUCUUCCCCCCCGCCCUGCCCAAAAAAAGCGUUUAGAAAAUGGACACAAAUUCAUCCCCAAUUCAGUUGGUGAGUGUAAAUAAAAUAACUUUUAUGCCUAAGGAAAGCAGGUCGGAUUUCUAUUUGAGAAAAGAGAGUUGGUAAGAGAAUCAUGAUGACUAUAAUGGAAAUCUUUUAGCUUUGAAUUCAAGCAUCUGGGUCUCGGGUGGCAAAUUUGAGGGUUUUAUUUGGCAGUGACCAGGUGGUUCCAGAGACACCCAUAUACCUCGACGCUCGGCUCUGUUUGAACCUCCCAGGGUCUCGUUGUGUGAAAAACCUUUUCCUUAAAAAAUAUUGAGCUGAGUUCUGCCAUUCAGCACCUCCAAUCCCUUGAUUCCCCCCCCCCCCCAAAAAAUUAAUUGGAUUUUCAAAUUAACAAAAUUCAGUGCCUUAAGUGGGAUGAGCUACGGCCAAGUUAGCUUGACCUUAAGAGUAGGCUCAGCUUCUGGCGGAUUUCGAAAUGAAAUAUCUCAUCCGUUAGUUGAUUUCCCACUGUCGCCCACUCUAAAUCUCUGGUUCCCCACCCCUUCAAAAAAUUAGGAUUUUAUUGCCUCUUCGUGUUCAGGGCAUCCUUUGCCAAAUAGGCCUUCCAGAUGUGUCAGACUACAAAUCCCAUCAGCCCCAGCCAGCACAGCCUCAUGGGAGUUGUAGUCCAAAACAGAGGGCAGCAGGUUGAGGACAGCUGGGUCAGGGAAACCGAUCCUGUAGCAAGGAGCAAGUUCUUCCCGAUGGCUAUCCUUGAAGCUUCUGAAAUAAUACUGCACACAGCAACAGGCGGAGCUGAACUCCUCCUCUAAAAGAAAAAGCAAAAGCACAAAAGAUUAAUUUGCUGCUGCUGAAAAGAUUUAAAAACAAAAUCUAGCAUCUUGCCUCUCCCCCAACCACCCGUGUGGGUCCUCACAGCCUACAACAGAGUUUGUAAUAAUUAAUUUGGCUCCAUUUAUUACAGGGCUGUGAGGGCGAAUGAGAAAGUAAAAAAGGGCAGCAGGGGGAAUCUGUGUCCUAGCUACUGUCCUGGGCUUUGCCUUUCGAUGGCACCCGAGAAAGUUCUCUGCAGUUUCCAUAGAACGAGACCCCCACCUGUUAAAUGUUCUGCCUUCUUGAGUUGACAGCUCUUUGGUGGGGCAGUGUUGCAAGAAAAAUGUUUGUGUGAAGCCUCCUUCCCCCUGUGACCUCUGGCAAUCCCGUCCCGCCUCAUCUCUUGGCUUGAGGGAUUUCACCAAGCACUCCUUGCUAGUAACGCUGAUCCUGUGGUCUUAAAAGGCUAGAAACUUCGGGAAAGCUGGAAGUCCCCGGAGGCCCUGCUCCGCUGCCAACGCCUGAAAUCCACGCUGCCCUGCAUGUUUGAGCUGCCUGGUCCUCUGCUUCACCGCCGAACUGGCGACGAGAUCCCAGAACCUCUGCAAGCCUGCAUUUAAAAACAUUUUUUACCAUGGUGCAUCUCCUGGAGAAAACACAUCCCACCAGCCUUUCCCUGCUCCCAGGAGUUUUCUCCCUGCACUGCUGACACGGGAAUGUGCCACUACUCCCAUCUUUUGUCGCUCUCUGCCUCUGUCAUUCUGGGCUGAGAAGAGAAUUUGGGGCCCUCAGAUGAGUAAAGACAACAGGAGCAAAGGGUAAUGUAAAAAUUAAGAUGGGUGGCUUCACGUAUUAUUAUUUUUAAAAAUUGAGCGGUGGCCAUCCGAGUGUCUCUCUGUCUCUGUCUUUCCAAGAGGAUCUGGCAGGCCGAGGCGGCAGAGACUGGGCAAAAUAUCUGACCGGUUGGACCUCCGACUUCCUCUCACUGUCCUGCCAGUUGAUGCUUCGGGGUUACAGGCCCAGCGGGGGAAACAAAGCCCACCUUGAUUUGAGGGUAGUCGACACCAGCUCAAAAUUGUCACAGUGCCACCGGCAAGGUGCCACCGGCAAGACAGCCUGUGGGCUGUGCCUACCUUGGCACAAGCUGGUCAGUGAGGACGGAGGACUCUCAGGAGUGAGUUAGGCUCGUUUCCUCCGUGUUCAGGUAUCUGUGUAGCCGCUGCCCCUUCCUUUCUGCUGCCCACUAUGCCCACUCCCUGGGUGGGACUGAAACUGCGGAGCUUUUUAGAACAGGUUGUGUUUGGCGGUGGGCUGUCCUUAGAGGCAGACUCUGUUUCCUUCUCUUCUGCCCUUUCAAAAGACUUCUCCCCUCAAAGUUCGCUUCCGUUUCUCCCAGAUGAACUACCGUACGGCAGGGGUGACUUAACACCCUCUUUUGGGGCUCAGGGGCCAUUUGAGAGCCGUCGGGGGGCUGCAGGCCAGUGGCGAUGGAAGGGCGUGUGGCCAGUCCGCACCCCAGAGCAUCCUUGCAAACGGGCAGCGGUGGUAAAUUCAGCUGGGGGCUGGCUGCCCAAAUCUGGCUCGUGGGCCAUCUCUGGCCUGCAGGCUGACAAUUCACAACAUGGAUAUAUUUCUAGCCUCCGGUUCCUAUACUUUCCCCCCCGCCUCCCAGCCAUACUGUAAAUAGAUGUGAAUCAUAUAUAUAUAAAUAUAUAUAUAUAUAUACAUACAUAUAUAUAUAUAAUUUUUUUACAUCAUCUUCAUCUCUAUCUUCUGGUGUUUGCUUUUUUUCUAAAAAAAAAUAAAUAAAAAUAGUCCAAAAGACGCAUUCUAAAAAACACGCAAAAAGCGCCCCACCCCACAUCUGUCGCACAUCCCUGGCCCGCCUGUCUGCCGUUCCACUGAGGCCUCGGGUGCAGCCAAGAUUUUGGAGUUUUGAAGCUUCUUGUAGCGGUGGGGGAGGUGAUGGGGAGGGGGGUGUUGGCAGCCUCCUUUCGUCCGGGUCCUGUUGGGCAAUUGCAGAUGACUGUGUUGUUGUUGAUGAUGAUGAUGUAGAAAGAGGAAGGAAGGGAGAGUUGGGUGCGAAAGAGAAUUAAAGAGAAAAUGUGUGGAAAUAAAGUAACCCUUGUCUCGA